UUCAUACAUAAAAAUGAGGCAAUUUCCUGUAAAAAGCAGAGAAUUUGCAUGCAAUUUUAGAAGAAUUUAUACAUAAAAAUGGCUUCGUUUCCUGUGAAAAUGUCGACAGUUUAUGCAAUUUUUGGAGGAAACACACAGAAACAAACCUAAUUUCCUUUAAAAACACGCAACUUUUUAACCAAAAAGUAGUGUUACGAAGGGUGUUUUUGGUUAAAAAUCCCCGUUCACCUGUAGAAAAUUAAGUAAUUUACGUAACGCGUGACAUAACAGAUACGAAACACUUUCCCGUUUAAAAGAUGAAUUUUCGUAACAUCAUCUCCGUUACGUCAUACAUAAAGUACGGUAACUCGUCUAUCAAGGGAGGCAGAAAUCGGAAAAUUUCCUAGUAUAUAACUCACGUUUCGUAACAUUUUACUAACCACACCACAUCAAUCAAUGUUGAAGUUACUCGGUUAAACGUCGCACGUAACCACCUCACCGAUCGACUCAAAAAAAAGAAAGAAAUUUUACGACUAGAAGAGGGGGGUUGACGAGCGAGUAGUGUAUAAAAAACAGGAGGAAUUAUACCAGUUUGGUUACGCUAAAACCUCUCUUUAACUGAUAAACAGGGGGGUUGAGCUAGCUGAUUGUUUAUCGUUCGUCCAGUCACACAAGCAACACACGAGAGGAAGUGGGCGAGUUUUGCUUCCUUAACGUCACACUACACGAGUCGACACACGAAUAUUAUGUGGCAAGAGGGUGUUAGAAAUGUAUAACAGCGUUAACAACCCCCUGUACGCUGCUGUCGGCGAUAACAACGUAGAAGAAGUGUGCAGAUUGUUGGACAGGGGUGAAGAUCCCAACGUCAUCUCUUGGGAGAACAAUGGAAGGCCCCUCAUCAUCGAAGCUGUUAUAGGGGGUGAUGCGGGUAUAGUUAAGGUGCUGAUAGAUGCGGGAGUCGAUAUCAAUGCACGUAACGUUCAAGGUGAGACUGCGUUACAUCUAGUGUGCCAAGCGCGCUACUUUAACGUGGAUAUCAUCCAUUUAUUACUGGAUAGUGGGCAAGCCGACUUGAACGUUCAAGAGAAUCUCAGCGGUAACACCCCUUUGCACAUCUUCAUCAAGACGUUCAGCAGUAACGGUUGUAACGACGUUACGGUUAGUAUAUUCAAGAGGAUGGUAGACGGUACUAACAUCAAUAUACACAACCACAGAGGCGAGACGUUGUUACACAGAAUGGUGACAAGUAUACGCGACUGUGGGGAACUUAUGGAGUUGUUUCUGAACAGAGGUGUAGAUCUGAACGUUGUUAACGAGAGAGGUGAAACACCUUUAGUCUGCGCCAUCGAUAAAGGUUACGACUCGACUGCCAUCUUUCUAAUUAAGUGUGGUACAGACACGAAAAUAUGUGAUCGUUACGGACAGACGGCUUUGCAUCACGCGGCACAACGUAACAGAUCCGAGGUGGUGGCUCAUUUGUUAGAAGUGGGUUGCCCGGUUAAUGGGCAAGAUGUUAAUGGUGAUACUGCCCUUUAUCUUGCUGCAAGUAAGGGUAAUACGGAAGUUGUGAAGCUUCUACUUGCGCAUCCUUCGGUGGACGAGAAGAUGCUCAAUGUGCCAACCAUCUUCAGUUUUGACGAGUGUACUUCUUUGUAAUGCCUUUUUGUAUGUUUAAAGGCCUUUAAGUUUAGAAGGGCAUAAACUUGUUCUUUAUAACUUAGAUCUUAGGGAUUUAACUGCUUUAAAAUGAAACUUCUCCAGUUGCUUAAAAAUAGCUUUUAGUAUGCUUAUAUCGACUUUUUAAGCCCUUUUAACCACCAAGAAAAUUUUAUAAAGAAAUAGAUGAGUUUCUCUAUGACAGGUUUCUCUACAUCUGGAAGAUCUUAGGGCUUUAACUGCCUUACAAUGAAGGACUUAAACUUCUCUAAUUGCUUAUAAAUAGAGUUUCUAAGCCCUUCUAAACUCACAAAAACCUGUGUAAAGAAACUAGACGAGUUUCUUAUUAACAGGUUUCUGUGUGUUUAGAAAGACUUAUGAUUUCUAUAUGUUUACAAGGGUUAAAAUUAGAGAAGUCUUUGUAUAUUUAGAAAGAUUUAAGCUUCUUUAGAAUUCUAACUAUAUAUUUCUGGAUGUUUGUUUCUUUUAAACACACAGAAAAUUAUCUAACCUCCUUAAAAUAGGUGUAGAAGGGCUUAAACUUCUGUAGCUUCCUUGCAACUAAUUUGGAAAUGCAUUUUAGAAGUAUUUGAGGGGAUUUUUAAAAUAUUUAUAACACAAAGGAAGUGAGGUUCAACUUAUACAGAAAUUAACUUGUGUAAAUGAAGUAUCUAUGUUACUUUAUCUAGAAAAUAAUAAGGAAAAUCUCAAUCCGAGUGUAAGAUCGGAUAAAGUUUUGGUUAUUAAUCUAAUCAGUAUAAUAAUUUAAAUGUCUUUUAAUUUGUUGGUUAAGUCUUUAAUGCCAAAUUUUUUAGUGCAUUCUUACAAUAAAAAACUGUUGUCGUUAUAACUAAUGUAUGAA